AAGAACCCGGCUCGGGCGUCUAAACUGAGGUGACAGGAGGGUGGUGCUGCAGUUCAUAUCUCAAUGCUUAGAUGUUAUAACUCAGCUCCUGCCUUCUCAAGCAACCAUGUCAGAAGGGGACAGUAUUGGUGAGUCUGUUCAUGGAAAGCCUUCAGUGGUCUAUAGAUUUUUCUCAAGACUUGGACAGAUCUACCAAUCCUGGUUAGACAAAUCUACUCCAUAUACUGCAGUGCGAUGGAUUGUAACUUUGGGUCUGAGUUUUAUCUACAUGAUUAGAGUUUAUUUACUGCAGGGUUGGUACAUUGUGACAUAUGCCUUGGGAAUCUACCAUCUAAAUCUCUUCAUAGCUUUCUUGUCGCCAAAGGUAGACCCCUCUUUAAUGGAAGAUUCAGAUGAUGGUCCUUCCUUACCUACAAGGCAAAAUGAAGAAUUUCGGCCUUUCAUUAGAAGGCUCCCAGAGUUUAAAUUCUGGCACUCUGCCACUAAAGGAAUCCUGGUUGCUAUGGCAUGUACAUUCUUCGAGGCUUUCAACGUUCCUGUUUUUUGGCCAAUCCUUGUGAUGUACUUCAUUAUGCUAUUUUGUAUCACUAUGAAGAGGCAAAUCAAGCACAUGAUAAAGUAUAGAUAUAUACCCUUCACACAUGGCAAGAGGAAAUACAAAGGGAAAGAAGAUGUGGGAAAGACCUUUGCUAGCUAGAAGAUGCAAUCAACCUGUUGACCAAUUCUACUUCUAACUAAAGGAACGAUUUUGAGCCAUUGUAACAAUGCCUUUUUUCUUCAUAAAAAAUGAUUAUCGGAGUGGUGACAAAGCAGUUGAAUUUUCAUUUUAAGAGGAUCUUGCUAUUUUUAUCUGAAAUACCAGUUUCUUGAAGAAACUGGCAUUCUAACCAAAUUGCAUUGAGUUUAUUAUCUUUUGUAAGAAGUUUGAGAAACUUCGGAUAAUCCCAUGGAUUUGGGAUAAUGCAUUUCUUUCAAGAUCCAUUACACUGGAGACAUUAAUGGCUUAGAGUUGGAUAUUUUUACAUAGUUCUCCUGCUCAAUAUCACCCUGAAGUGCUGUGCACAUACGUGGAGGAAAAAUGUAAGAUGGCACACGUGAUGCUGUUUUCUGCUUCAUGGCUGUGUGCUAUUUUCAUAGAAAAAUACAGUAGACCUAACUAGAUGCAGAACUUAAGCCAGUUUCUUAAACGCAUGAUACUAUUGAGUUAUAAUCAAACAAAUAUAGGUAGGAAUAAGAAAUCUACUAAAUUAUGGGUUGUACAGUAGGGAAAAAAUACUCGUAUAGCUUCUAAAGUAACUCACUUGUGUUGGGUUUUAAUGCCAGUUUCACCAUUACAUCUCCUAGCAGAUGCUAAAAUUGGGCUCUUUCUUGAUGACUCAAAACUUUAUUCAAACUCUAUCACAAUUUCCUUUGAGGACCUAGAAUUAUAAAUAUAUAUAUUUUAAUUGUUAUUAGUUGGAGUUUCCUUCAUACUUAAGGGUUUCUUGAUUAAUUUAAGCUGACUUCAUGCAGCCCCUUCAGAAUAUAUCCAAACUGGCCAUAGCAGACAAACGGUGUGGGUUUUAACACAGCUUUUCAUUUUCUAUGGGGAAAAAAAAGAAAAAAAAGAGAUAAAUGACCUGCAUGUAAACUUUUUCAUGUGAUACAACUGCAGUUUUAUUAAGUGACUUUUUAAUUCAAAAAUUUAUUAAAAGACAGUGUCCCCCUUUACUUGUUCUCUAUCUUUAUAUACCUAUAUUGAUCUAACAGUAUUUAUGGCUCCUUUUCAAUAAUGAUUACCCUCAAUUUAUUUUCAUGCAAUGCCUUUUUCAACUCUUCAGGGAGCAUUCACUUGCAGAAAGUAGGAAAAGAUUAGCUCUGUGAAGAUUCUGAAUGGAGAAUAGUGGCAACUUCAACAGACACCUAAUUGGAAAAUGUAUGUAGGAACCCUUUCAUCUGAUUUUGUCAAAUGAAGUCAUUAUGGAGCUCUGGAAUCCAGCCUUCAGUAAUCCUGGGAAAAUGACAGGUAGUUUUAGUUCACAUUGACCUGUUGUUUUUUGUUUGUUUGCGUGCGUUUGUUUUAUUAGCCGUAUGGAAACUAGUAAUGUCAAAAUUUAAAAUUAUGGAAACACAGUAUCCAAAAAGGGCCUUAUAAAAGUACCAGUCAUGGAUGCUUGCAGUUAGUUGCCUAAAAAUCUGAAAGCCCUGACUUGGAGAAGCUGUGUUCAGGUUUGCUGGAGUUUCUGAAUAACGUGGGCAAAUGGGGG